GAAAUAUCUGGUAAGGCUGCUGCCCCCGUCGAGGGGGAGAGCGAUGACUCUGAUGGUGAGCAUCUGGUCCCUGGUAGUACUACGACGGGGAUUGACAGCCCAGCAAGACGAGACGGCGGCAAGACGAGGCGAAAGAAGGACCGAUCGUCAAAGUCAAAGUCGUCUCGGAAGGAUAAGGAUAUUAAGCGUACGAGGAAAAAUGACCGCAAGCGCGAGCGAACAGCUAGGGGAAGUGGAGAUCGGAAGGAUCUGCAGCUAAGUGAGCUUGAUCGAACAGCUAGGGGAAGUGGAGAUCGGAAGGAUCUGCAGCUCAAUGAAGAGAAACUAUCCCGAAAGGAGAGAAGAAAAGCGAAAAAGCUCAGAAAGCAGCGUCACUUGGAUAAAAAAGCGAGUCGGAAGAUUGAGCGCAUGAAGAAAUCCUUAGAGAGAUUGGAGCAAAACUUCGACGUACUAGAGCACGAACAACAAGAGGAGGGCGUUGAGAACAACAAGAGGAGAGCUGCUGGUCUAGGGACGUCUACUUCACCUGACGAGGUUUAUUCAAGGCAGUCCGGCGAGGGAGAGGACCACGGUGCGGUCCUGGAUGUGCAAGCAGGAGGGCAGCUGAACGCAGAAGCAGUGCAAGAAGAAAGUAGCUCUACUAGGUCUUCUUCUCUCUCUGCUGGUUGUACUCCUCGUGUCGACAACAUCAAGAACGAAGACAAGCUGGCCAUGGAGGUAUGCGAAGACGGAGAACAAGGGCAAAAGCCAGAAGAGAACAAGUUAUCGUCUCCUUCUAUGAUUUGUGACUCAGCAGAGGUGGUCGUGGUCGCCGCCGAAGAAGAGGAGCAAGAAUUCGAAGUGGAGUGUGACGUGGAUGGAGACCAUGAUGAGCUCGAGCACCUUGACUCUGGCGAUAAACUGGAUCUAGAGAAGCAUGCCAUAGACCUGGCAGUGACGCAUCAAGAUCUUGAUGGAGAUUCUAGUAUUGUUGAUUUCGAAACCGAAAUCGAAAAGCGGGACCAGGAUAGGAAGGAGAACAACGACAGACACAAUGCAGCACUGGAAUUGUCCGCAG